AUGGACAUAAGGAAUUGGAUUGAAGUGAAUUUAACAAAACCAAACAUGUUUGCUAAAGAAAGUAAAGAUUGGGAAUUCCUAUUGAACAUAUGGACCAUGAGGAACUCGAUUGUCUUCAACAAUCCUAUGGAAGAUAACACAAGAAUAUUAGAACAAAGCCGCAGGAUGACAAAUUUGAUAAGCAACGCAAUUAGAGACAAAGACCAGGCGAACAAAUCACAACCAAUUGAAUUGGUUGAUCCAACGGUUUGGCUACCUCCACCAGAGGGAUGGAACAAACUUAAUACAGAUGAAAAAGCGGCAUGUGGAGGAGUAAUCAGAGAUAUGAAUGGACAAUGGAGAAUCGACUUCAAAAAAUUCAUAGGAAUAUGUUCUACAAUAGAAGCAGAAUUAUGGGGAGUAUAUACAGAGCUAAGGUGUACAUGGGAACAAGGAAGAAUCAUACAGGAACCUCCUGCUGAUAUAAGCAAACUCUUGAAUGAAAAAGGAAAUUAG